AUGAAGUUGAUUGGUGAUCUGAAGAAGGAUUUAGCAAAGUCCUUUGAAAUGAAGGAUUUGGGCCAUGCGAAACAAAUUUUGGGCAUGCAGAUCAUGCGAGACCGAAAAUCCAAGAGGUUAUGGUUAUCGCAAGAACGGUAUGUGAAUCAGAUUCUGGAGAAAUUCAACAUGAAAUCGGCUAAGCCGGAAAGAUACGAUAUCCAUUGUGAUAGUCAGAUCGCAUUGGAUUUAAGUAAAAAUGCGAUGUACCACUCUCUCACGAAGCACAUUGAUGUCAGAUAUCAUUGGCUACGUCAAGUAGUGGAUGGACAACAGUUCAGGUUGGAAAAGAUUCACACUGACGAAAAUCCUGUUGACAUGAUGACGAAAGUUGUAACAGGAGGAAAGCUUCAGCUUUGUGCCGAGUUGAUCGGCAUGGAAUGCAUGUGA